AUGUGCCGGCAGGAAGGUGGCGGAAGAGGAUGUGUGUACCCUCAUGGAAACUGCAGGCGGAACCUUACCGCAAGGAGCCCUGCAAGGCGUUACAGCAUGUACAAGCACUUACCUGUCAUUACUGCUAUAUCACUGCUACACUUGUUGCCUUUGCUACUCAUGUGGAUGCCACCUGUGUGCGCGGAUGACAGUGCUGUGACGGUAAAUGUGCUAUCCAUGAUGUACAAUUCGGAAUAUUACGUUGAGAAAGUGAACGCCAUCAAUGCCGGCUUUGACGCAUCACUGAGUGCCCACGGUUGGAAGACGGGCUCCGGUGCGACAAUAUCUGUCAUCCGUCCCCCAUCGUACAACACCACAGCUGAGGACAUAUUUCAGCUGGGGGCGAAACAAAGUGAAGGGAAGUUAUUAGUUGUAUUCGGGCCCCUGGGUACUGACCCUGUCGUUUGGGUUCGUGAUAAACUAAAGGAAAAUGAUCUUGUUGCCAUCGCUCCUAUUGCGUACUCCAGUGAGGUCCGUGGUUUUAAUCCCCACCUCUAUUCAAUAAGUGUCGAACCCAAUGCUGAGCUCCUCGCCCUCAUUCGAUACGCUGUUGUUUAUCUGGGUCUGCCGCGUGUGGGUUUGAUGUAUGCGAAGGGUAAUGGGUUUGACAAGGAGUCAUAUGAGUUUACCAUGCGAAUAAUGGAAAUGAUGGGCCGCAAGCCAUGUGGAGUGUUCGCUGUGGAGAGCAGUGGGGGUCGGGACGUCUUGGAGGGUGAAUUGAAUACCAAGUGGGGGCAAUUUGUUGCUACACGUCCGCAGGCUGUACUGCUAUUUUCGUCAAUCGCGGAUGAUACCACCGGGUGGUUUGUCAAGAAGAUAGCACAGGACAACCGCACUGUGGACAUGUACCUGCUCGCCCCUUCCAGUUUUCAACAUUUUCUGAUCAAAACAUGGAGCGAUGCGCUGGUGUCACUUAAUCGUACGUUCACUCCUGGACAGCUGAUCACAACUGGAACAGUGCCACUCGCUAGUGACAAUCGGUCCUCGAUGGUUCGGCACUUCCAGCGUGACAUGGACAAUUACCUGGAUACAAACAGUGACUGGAAGGGCUUUGCGAAACCUGAACAUUACCUUAAGGACGACAAAUUAGGGGAGAUGAUGGUGUUUGGAUGGCUUGCGGGAGAAGUUCUGUUUGAGGCCCUAAACAACGCUCCACAACUGACAAACCGUACUUCAUUCAUGGAAUCUCUGUACAAGCAGCGUCGCUACGUGAUUGAUGACUUUGUGGUUGGUGACUUUGGUGGUGAGUGCGAUGAGGGCGCUGCAUUACAGGGUGCCAUGUGUAAUUGCAAUCAAGGUGGCAGCAUGGCGCAUAUGAGAGUUGUUGAUGACAGCCUCAGUUUGAAGCCUAUGAACAGCGCCUCUGUGACGUGGAGUGUAUCGGAGUGCUCAAGUGCUAAUGUGCGGGUGAGCGCACCGUUAAUCGGACUGUAUGUAGUCCUUACGGAUGAUAAAGUUGCACAACGUGCGAGCAUGAGGUGGUCGUUGGGCGCUCGGAGCCUCGAGGAAGCGGAUGAUGUUGAUAAGAGAAUAUUUUUUUACCCACUAUACGCAGAGUCAGGAAAUGCAGCGAAGACUUUUGAAAAAAUUCGCGACACGAAGGCUGUAGCUGCAGUUCUUGGUGUUGUUACCGCUGAUAUUCUGAGCGUGCCGAAUAUGACUUUCAUUGGUACUCUUCCCCUGUCCCCCCGGUUGAACAAGUUCUGGAGAAACGUGAUCCAUCUGCAACCGCUACUUGCGCAGCAGCUAUAUGUGCUUGCUGUAUACCUCUCCAACACCUCUUCCAUGGGAGUGAAGGCGCUUGUUCGCGGGGGUGAAGCAUCUGAGGUUGUAGACACGCUUGAUAAGUCAUUGGUUACGUUUGGUGUGUCGCUUGAUUCCAGUAAGACACUUGGUGAUGAUGACCCAAUGUCGUCAUAUCUCUCGGGUAAUGGAGAUGUGUUUUGUAUUGGACUCACUCCCCCUGACGUUGCUGCGGUUGCGCGGCACCUUCAGACCCACCUCAGGGCCCGUGUAUUCGUUCCAUUCAAUGACAUUUUGUUGUUUUACCAGGAGUUUGUGGCUGCAUUUAAUGCGAGUAAAGAGUCUAUUGCCAGCUCAGAGCGGCUCCUAUUCGCGACGAGUUUCCCACACUGGGCGGAGAAGAACACGAAAUCAGAUAUGGUUGCGAGAUUUCAUCGCCAUGUAAAUGAAUCGCAUUGGGAUCCACUAACGUUCCUGGGCUUUGCUACCACUCGGCUGCUUCAGGUUGUUAUCUCCAAUAUGAGGAAGGUGAAUGCAGAGCUGCUGGCAGACCGCAUUUACACGGAGUCCAACAUCAGAGUGGAUGACGUGCGAUUUGGACCCUUCAGUGAUGCGGAAUGUGUUUCUGGUACGAGUGUUUCGGCAAAUGAGUGUGCCUCAAACUUUGGAGCCACAAACAUUUCUGUAUGGUCGAUGGCGCGUGUGCUGAAUUCAAGCUUGCCCAGAACACAGGUUGGGAUGACACCGUCUAUGGACUAUGUUAUUCCGCGAGAGGGUCAACUCACACAGUCACAGAUAGCUGGAAUAAUUUCUGGGUGUGUAUCCGCCUUGUUAUUAUUUAUUGCCCUUGGUGUGUUCCUACACAUCUCCCUGCGGAACGCUCGUAACAACAACCGUGCACCCAAGGAACCAACGGACCCCGUGACACUAAUAUUUACUGACAUUGAGAGCAGCACUGCGUUGUGGGCUGCACACCCUGAUCUGAUGCCCGAUGCCGUCGCCGCGCAUCAUCGUAUGGUCCGUUCACUGAUUGGGAGGUAUAACUGCUACGAAGUCAAAACUGUUGGGGAUUCGUUCAUGAUAGCGAGUAAGAGUCCUUUCGCUGCCGUCCAACUCGCACAGGAAUUACAACUGUGUUUCUUGCAUCAUGACUGGGGAACAAAUGCAGUUGAUGAUUCUUACCGUGAGUUUGAGGAGCAGCGUGCGGAGGGAGAAUGUGAGUACACACCACCAACCGCGCAUAUGGAUCCUGAAGUGUACAGUCGUUUGUGGAAUGGCCUGCGUGUACGUGUUGGAAUCCACACCGGGUUGUGCGACAUCCGACACGAUGAAGUGACGAAGGGAUAUGACUACUAUGGGCGGACUCCAAACAUGGCAGCAAGGACGGAGAGUGUAGCAAAUGGUGGUCAGGUGCUGAUGACGCAUGCGGCGUACAUGUCGCUGUCAGCUGAGGAUCGUAAGCAAAUUGAUGUCACUGCACUUGGUGCUGUCGCACUUCGCGGUGUGAGUGAUCCGGUUAAGAUGUACCAGCUGAAUACCGUGCCUAGUCGUAACUUUGCUGCAUUGCGGCUGGACCGCGAAUACUUUUUUGAUGAGGGCGAGGAUGGCACGACAACCUCCACAAGCGACCACAGUUCUUCACGUGCGGAGCUGAGUGAAUCAGCUCAGAUAAUUGCAACUGCACUACAGUCGCUGUUAAGCACGUUCAAGACAGCGCAUCGUGAGAAGUUGUUGCUGCCGUAUUGUGAGCGUUGGCGUGUGCCUCUUCCCCGUAAAGCCGCAUCCGAGUGGGAUGACGCCUACUGUGAGGAAGUGGUGCGUCGCAUUGCAGUUAAGGUUGGGCGUGUCGCUGACCAUGGCGCUCAUAGUGGAAGUGAGUCGUCAAGUACGCAAGGCAGUUCAUCAAUUAUUAUCGUCCCCUUUUACGACCCUUGCUACCGUGAAAUGUGUUCUUUUUAA